GGCUAUUGGAAUCCACAAAGAAAUAAUUAGCCUUGAAUCUUCACAAAAAUGCUGACAACAGCACUUUUCUGAAAAGAGAAGUAAAGGAUAUUUCUUCACAGAUUUCCUUAGAAUUCGCUUUUACACACAGAAAAGCAGACCGGCACAUUAUAAGAUCUUAAAACUGCAUGGUAAAAGGUUACAUAAAAAGCAUUUUUGGCAUGUUUUUAAUGGCAAAAUCGUUGCAACAGCGCUUUUAACGUCUCUGACAGCCUUCUUCUGGUUCUGCUCAAAUACAGUCUCAAUAACUUUUCCUCACAACCAGACACUAAUCACGUGUUGAACGGGCUUGCCACUUCCAUGUCAUAACUUAAAAUGCAGGGGUAACCAUGCGUUUUUUAAAGUUAUUCAUCUUUUUUGAAAACUUUUACGUUGCCCGUUACAUUUUUCCUGUUACCUCCCUAGUAAGCAAAACAUUUGCGUCUCUAGCACUUGUUUUGCGCGCGCACUACGCCAUCGGCAGGUACAAGUUUACAUUUGGAUUUCAGAAUAAUUUUCGACAGAUAACAGCUAGUUUUUCAGCUGGAAGCCGUUAACAGUUGGUGGUUAGCGAUACGCUGCUAUUCUGGUAUUCCUGGUUUUAGUACAGGUUCAUUGAACUUGAUUUGGUCACAGUAGAAAAAUUUUGCUUUCAUUUUAGUCGCGCACUUGGUAGCGUAGUUGAUUACGUCAAUCCCAAGCCUAGCGCGCGCUUGGAGUGUAAACCAUGCAUUGCGUGAUGCGCAGAACGUGUGCGCACUAACAAAAGUAUGCACCGUCCUUAAUACAGGUUUAAUUUGUGGUUGACCACAAGGUUCUCACAAUGCACGCAGAAGGACGUAUCCCAUUGGCUGGUUAAAAACACGCCACAAUCAGUAGAGCGAGAACACUUCAUCUGGUUUCUAAAAUUGCCAAUGAGAAAUUCGCUUUUUCGAAUUAAUAAAAAUAUAGGCAAGCAAAGUCAAAAUACUCAAGUUUCAGUACGCAUCUUAGCUUGGUAAUUGGUAAAAGUCAAAGGCCCGAAGUACGGUUUGAAUUGUUAAGAAUGAUGUUCACAUUGCCGAAACUUUAAUUAACAAAAGGAAGUCGCAGCUAAACUUGUCAGAAACUUUGCAGCUAAAAUGAAACUGUACAUGUCACGUUACCAUGAUGGCGCAACAGGAAUUAGCUUGUAAACUUUGUCAAACAAUACCACAUGGAGCGUGUCACAUGCACGAGCAACCCACUCAAUCGCUGACAGGCGGACGGCUCAGCUACGCUGUCAAGUCACUGCCACCAGAAUGUAAGCUAGGCGUCUCUAACUCAGCAGGGGAGGGGCACGGUGUAUACACUAACCAACCCAUCCCUACAGGUACAUGGAUUGGCCCCUUUGAAGGCAGACGAAUUCGUCCUUGUGACGUCACACAACACAUGGACACGUCGCACAUGUGGGAGAUCUAUGAAGGUACUAUCUUGUCUCAUUACAUUGACGGAAGUGACGAGAACAGUUCCAGUUGGAUGCGUUUCAUCCGCUGUGCAAGGCACAAAGGCGAGCAGAACCUCUUUGCAUUUCAGUAUAACGGGAAUAUUUACUACCGAACAUUCAAAGAUAUCCCCACGGGCACGGAGCUGCUUGUAUGGUAUGACGAGAAGUACCCAAUGUACAUGGGCAUUCCUCUCGGAAUACAAGCCGAACCUAUAGCCAGUACAUCUACUGCAGGUACACAUGACAGAAAACAAGGCGACACAACCGUACAAAAGUCUAGUCAAUCUUUAAAUCCAGUUUUGACACAAGUCAACCCUCAGGAUACAACUCGAUACACCAGAACUGUUACUAGCUCCCAGUUCACUACGAGUAGAAGUCCUCUUUGGAGUGGUCAAGACACAAGAGCUUCAUCAACGGAUACUAAGAAACUCCCACCCCUUGUUCCAACCUACUCCUUGCACCAAAGGCGAGCAUCUUCCGACAAUGCUCUAAGUGAUCAGGGGUUACCAGCGACCGGUGAUAGGGACAGUGACGUCAGUAACCUUAGCAACAACAAGGUACCCAGUCCCACAAGUCCAGUCAGCGAACUAACCUCGUGGCGAUGCCAGCAGUGUCACAAGACCUUUACUCAGCGAGUGGCGUUACAAAUGCACGUGUGUCCGUGUCAACCGACCAAGCCUUUCCAAUGUGGACAGUGCAGUGAAACAUUUACUAACUCCUCAGACCUGCGUGCGCAUGUGGUUUCCCAUACUACUGAGCGGCCAUUCAAGUGUGGGUUCUGCUCACGCACAUUUGUUGGCGCAACAACGCUGAACAACCACGUUCGAACACAUAUGGGGCAGAAACCCUUCAGCUGCGAGAAAUGUGGUAUGACAUUUUCACAAGCCAUGCACCUCUCCAAGCAUGCGCGGGAAUCGUGUGAAUACGUGAAUGGCACAACUAGAACGGAUUCUGUAACGGCUCAAGCACUGCCAACUUAAAAGAGUGACGUUGGAAUUUUUUGGCCAAUUUUUAGUAUGUAAGACAAAUCAAAUGGAAGUAAAAGCAAAUGACAUUGUUCUUAAGUAGCAAAACACCAGAGGGAUAACAAUUGAAAAUUGGGAAACACUGAAAAUUAUUAGUGGCGUACUCCUUGAUAAAAAAAAAAAUUCGGAACAGAAUGAGUCUUGUAUUGCGACGCGAUUUUGUAGCAAAAAGAGAGUUCACACGGCGCUAUGAUGACUCAUAAAGUUUGACUCGCAAGAGUAUGUUAAGCGUUAAAUGCAUGUGUAUGUUUUUGUUGCUUUAGCUGUUCAGCUCUAUUGUUUUAACUACCAUUUUGUAGAGCCAAAACAACAAAGAUUGAAAAACAAAAAUUGUCACAAAAUCCAGCCGGUGCGAUUAGCUGUUGACCAGAAGGGUUUUGUAGGUGAAUGGUAGCGCAGACAUUUAAUAGCAGUACCAACAAAGAGUGUAAAUACAAUGGAUUUCGCCGCUUGCUGCUAUCUAUAACAUAGAAAAAUAGUUUCUAAAUGAUCUGUAAAUAUUGUCAAUAAAGAAAGAUAUUUUUUCAACCGAUUAUUUAUCGUGUGCAAUACCAAUACCUUGAUUUAAGUUGCCUAAACAGGAGUUCAAGUCAUUUCAACCGGAUUAGAGCUUAGAACCAAUAUAAACCAUUACCUCUCCAAGGGGUGUUUUAAAAGGCAAUUGGGGUGACGACGGGGAAUGGGGGGGAGAGGGUGGGGAGUAAGAAACUGAUGAAAUAACAUGUUCUCUUAAGAAAACAGUAUCUCAAUAUCAUUAAUUGUUAUUAGAAGGCUAAUAUCCAAGUGAUUGUGUUGGGCUUUCCCGCCAGAUUUGAUCGAUUGAUAAUCUAUCUAUCACGCUUCUCUAUUUUUAAAGGCUUCUUUUGUAUGUUUGCGCCAAUAUUUUAUUCGCAUUUGCAAGUUCUUGAAAGAGUCCUUUGUCUCUUACAUAAUCCUUGUUGAAACGCCUUUGAAAAAAAUUGUUAUGGGCAGGUAUUUUAAACAAACUAACUCAGUGUAGGUACCCUAUACAUCCAUAUCGAUUCAUCUCAAAACGCAUAGCACGGGGCAACUAAAAAUGUUGCAUCGUAAUUCGCAGAAAUCAGCACUUUAAAGGUCCACAAACAAUGAGAAGUUAAAUUUUCAUCUUCCGCGACAUUUAAAUAGUCUACAUAUCAUGCAAAUAUGAACAAUGUUUUCUUUAUAGCUCCGUCUCUCAGAGAUUAAAAGAUUAAGGUAUUUUUCUCUUUGUCAGCUAU